AUGGCAAGUUAUCGAUGUACCUCUUGUGGCCUCAUUCACCAACCUGGCCAAUGUCGCCGGCGAGGGCCCGAGGAUAUUACUCCAGCUCAUUGUUGCGCUACCUAUCUUGGUUGCUUAGGUUUCCUCUUCCUUAUUUUUCUCUUCGCUUUAGGUAUGACAGCAAUGUUUAUUGAUGAAGAUAGUUGCUACUUGGAGCUUUUUACCGAUUCCGUCUCCGUCUCAAACGCAAACGUGAACGCAAACGUUUCCACCGCUGAUUGGAGAAUCGGUGACGAAGUUUUGUCCAAAUAUUCAUCUCCAUCGUGGGAUGGUGCCGGAGACAAAACAAAUGUCGUUUUUGAGAAGGUGGUGAUGCCGGAAGUUAUUGGCGACGUGAUCUGGAAUCUUCGCGUUGAGAUUAUGUGUUCUGUGAAGACAGAUGCUAACUUUAGAAAUCGUUUUCUGAUAGCGACUUGUCCCGAUAUUCCGGUUAAAUUCACGAAGGAUCCGGCAGGAAAUGUAGUGGGAUCGUUGCUUGGAAAUAUGAGACGGUGUGAUUAA